AUGAUAUCCAACAAUGGAGGUCCUAUGUCUGCCAUGCAACAACGAAGAAAUCAAUUAUUAAAUAAUGACAUUGGUGAUAUAGAUGUUACUCAAGAACCAAUGAUUAAUGAAUUCAACGAUAAUAAUACAAAUGGCCGCUCACCUCAAUCAUAUCGACAACAAAUGCCCCAACAACAACAACAGUUUAUGCAACAACAGUAUAUGCAACAACUACAAUAUAUGAAUCAGCAACAGAUGAACCAGCCCCAAAGGCAACAACAAAUGAAUUAUAACUCUAGAAAAGCAUCUCCUCCAAAACUAGAGCCACAAGAAAAUAGAUCUAACUCAUUAACUAGUAAUUCAUUCUCUAAUUUUUUGAAAGGUAAAAAUAACUUACAUUUGAAUUUUGGUAAGAAAAACCAUUCUGGAUCUUCAGGUUCUAAUCAAUUUUCCUUCUUAUCAAGUGUAACUGGCAGUGGAGGAGGAGGUGCGGGAGGAGAUGAUGGUGGGAAAGAUGAUGAUGAAGUAAUAAUGGAUGAUAAUGACAUUUACACUUUUGGUGAUAUUCCAGGAAUGCGUCAUAGAAAAGAUAUCUUGGGGACUUCUACCGAUUCCACACCUAUUAUCCCAACUAUCUUAACGAAAAAAGAUCCAAAUGAUACUUCACAUAUGUCAAAUACUGAAUAUAGAAAAUUUCUAACAAACCAAAGGAAGAUGAAUUAUAAUAAUUUUUCGAAACAACUUCAAAAUAAUAACAAAAACAACAAUAGUAAUAAUAAUAUGCCCCCAAGAGCCAUGUCUCUACAAACAAAUCCUCAAGGCCAAAUAAACGGUAUGAAUCCUUUCCAACAAAAUAUGAUGAUGCAACAACAACAAAGAGGUAUGUACGCUAGUAAUACUGUUCCAAACUCGUCUAUGACUAGUCCAACACACCCAACUUUUAACGAUCCUAACAUGAAUAUGAAUGGUAACGAUAUAAGAACUAUGUCGUUACAAAAUGGUAACAGACCAAUCUUUAAUAAUAAUGGAGCUAUGAACAGUAGAAAUAGUUUCCAAAAUAAUAUGAAUAUGAAUAAUCCAAGAACUACUUCCAUACAAAAUGUGCCAAGACCCAAUAUGAAUAAUAUGCCUAAUAAUCAAACUCCAAAUGGAAAUGGACCUAGAACGAUGUCAUUGCAAAACUCUCAAAGACCAAAGCCCAUGCAAAUGAUGGUACAAUCUGGUUCAACUAAUAAUAUUCCUACGAUUUCACACUUACAGCAAGAAAGAGAUGCAAACAAUUAUACCCCUGAUAGUUCACAAUCUAAUAAUCUAAGAAAUGGAAUGAAUAAUAAUAAUAAUAAUUCUUUAUUAAGCCGAUCUGAUUUGGAUCACUUGAAUAAUAUUCAACCAAAUAGCGCUCCUUCUUCAACUUCUUCCUUGGGUAUCAAAUCAAAUUCAACCCAUAUGCAUAAUAAUUCAGAUACAACUAAUAACAUAGAAGAUAUAAGCCAUUCUCACGAAAACUCAAUUUUACACAAUAUAAAUAAUGAUGACUCUAAAUCUAAUAAUAGUUCCUCCUUAAACACUGACAACUCCAUGCUUUCAAAUGAAAAGGGUAAGCUGAAUGUGUUAAAAUUAUCUGAACCACAGCAACAAGAAGAAAUAAAGGAGAAAGAACUUCUAUUAGCUAAGAGAGAAAAAGAAAUUUUAGAAAAGGAAAAACUGAUGCAACAAAAGGAAUUAGAAGUUCAAAAAGAUAUCAUAAAACAGCAAAGAGAAUUACUCGAAAAGCAAAUGGAAAUUAAUAAUCAAAAUAUGAAGAAUAUGGAAUUGAACCAGCAGGCUUCCAGAGAUUUAUCACCAAGAGAGCCUACUAGGCCAAGCAUCAGAUCUUCAAUGGUGUCUUAUGUUUCUGAUACUAGUGAUUCUUCUCAACCAAAAAAAUCAGGCAUGUAUAUGCUAGAAAAUUCAACAGAUCUCAAUGCAUUCUCAACUGCACAAGAAUUUCAACCAACUACUCAAAAUGGAACUGGAAGAAAACAAUCUCAAGACGUAAGCCAUCCACCCGACAUAAGCUCUCUAGCUUCACAAUCAACUUUUGGUACAGUUAGAAAUCAAGAGGAAGAUUUAACAAACACAAGAACUAUAUCGGCACAGAGAAAUAGUAUCAGCAGCACCAAUAGCCGUACUCCAUCUACUGAUUCAAUUGUUAAAUUAUCGGAUAGAUCAUUCUCCCAAUCAAAAGAAGAUUUUAAGAGUACCUCUUCGCCAUUGGGAAAUAAACCUGUAUCCACGAAAUUUGCUGAUAAUCUUAGAAUAGCGAAAGUCCCUAGCAGAAAAAGAGAGGAUGAAAAUGCUGAUGACGAUGAUGGUGCAUUCCAAUAUAAAUUAUCUAACUUAAAAGAUGAAAGUAAUGCUCAAUCACCAAAAAAAGAUAUUCAAAAAAGGCUAUCUGCCUGUGAAAAAGCCCAGGGUAGAAGGAGAAGUGAAUUAUUGCUGGCCGAAAAUACUAUUCAUGAAGAAAAAGAAGAAGCCAUUAAGGCUCAAAAUAUUGAAAUAGGUGUCAAUCAUUCGGAAGAUGAUUUUAGUUUUGACAAUACUCUUCAAAAAACCUAUAUACCAAGCUUUGCUAAUGACGGAAAUAUUUCACCAAUUAGUUCAUUCAAAACAAUCACUAUUAGUGCUGAACAGUUCCACAUACUUGAAGAGAACAAAACAUUGAUGAAUGAAAUUAAAUUAUUAUCAACUGAGUUAGCAGAAUCUGUUAGGAGAGAAACUUAUAUGGAAGAAAAAUUUGAAAUGCUUUCAUCAACUAAGGGAUUUAAAAUAACUGAUGUUAAAUCUGAAUUUUCAAUUGUUGAUUUUGAAAAUGAACUUAAAAAAAAAUCUUCAAAAAUAGUCGAAUUAAUUCAACAAUUAAAUACAGAAAGAAUGAAAAGAUUUGUCGCUGAAGAACAGGUUUUGCUUCAAGAAAAUGGAUGCAAGCCAGCUUCAAUCACUUUAGUCAAUGAAAUAAACCGUUUAAAGAGAGAAAUACAGGCCAAAGACGAGGCAAUUAGACAACUUACAUCAAAUAAACAAUAA